AUGCGAUCGGACGACGUCUCCAAUCUCGUGAGCGACCUUCGGAAAACCAUCCAAACCCUCAAAGCCGAGAAGGACGCCGCGGCUUCACGCGCCGCAGCGGAGAAGGAGACGCUCCGGACGCAGCACGCCGCGGAGCUCGCGCAGCUGCGCAGCGAGCUCGCCGAAUUGAACGAAGAACUUCGCACGCGAAUCAGCGAAACGGAAAUGAAGCGAAUCCAGAGCAUUCUGCUCACACUGCAAGUCGGGUUGUCGCCUCCUUUCUCUCUGCAGAGCGUCGGAAUCCCCGUGGAAUUCACGGCCUCGGCGGAGCUGCCCGUGCCGGACUUGCAAGCGGUGUUGCUGGACAAGAUUCGGCACUUGGAGACGAGCAACAGUUCGCUUCGCUCCACCUUCAAUGAGAUCUAUAACAAGUACAUGCAGAGUGAGAAUGACCGCCACGCGCUCGAGGAAAAGCUCCGGGAUGACGAGGAGGCGAUGAAGCGGAUGGAGACGCAGAUCGCAGAGUUGGAGCAGCGCGUCAUUGGGUCGGAUGGGGCGACUGCCGUCACGGGGUUCAGCAGCAACGUGGAGGUGAUUUUGAAGGAUCAGAGAGAUCGGUACAAGCGGCGAGUGGAUGAAUUGGAGGCGGAGCGAAGUCGGGAUAAGGCAUCGCUGGAUUCGCUGUAUGAUGUGAUCAACCAGCUGAAGGCACAAUUAAGCAGUGAGAAGGGAGCUUCAAGAACGUACGAUCGGUUCGGAAGCACGAGCAAAUACCACUCUUCGGAGCUAUCUACCAAUCCGCUGGAGGAGGUUAGUUUUAAAGUGGCCCAGAAAAUGGUUCGGUCUUCCAAUGUGCGCUGCGCCGUUUCUGGAUACUUAAAAUGA